AUGAAUCAUAAUCACCUGGGCAGAACUCUGCCUACCCUCGCUCCAGGACCACGCGGCGCGUUUGCGGCCCCGAUGACAACAAUAGCAAAGUCGAGGAAGAACUCCACUGCUUGCACGUCGUGUAAGGCAGCGAAGAGGAAGUGUAGUGGACGCCCAGCCCCUUGCAAAGCAUGUCAAACCUCCAAAGUUGCAUGUAUUUUCGAUGAAUCCCUCGACCUUAGACGCAAAGUCGCCGUGAGACGCACUCAGGGGGAGCUUCAACACUAUAAGGGCUUGUUGACCACCUUGUUCAACAAGAUUCGCGAUGCAGACGAAGCUGAUACCCAUAAAAUCGUGGAAGCCAUUCAGUGCAGUGACUUCGAAGAUAUUACCACGGCAUCUGAGAGACUUGAGCUGCCUAGCACGGAGGAGUCCAGCAGUGACUCAAGCUCAGAGGACUCGGAGAAUGACAGUGAAUCUCCGAAAGAGCUCUCGGACCCCGAGAAAACCAUGCGCCUAACGAUAGAGAGGCUCUGCGAUACUCCUUUGUACCAGGUGCCAUCAUCUUGGACAUAUUGCGACGCGGAUGACUUUGUUGUUUCGCAUCUCGUAUCCCUAUACUUCACUUGGGAUCAUCCAUUUUCCCAGAUCCUUGACCAGGAUUUGUUCCUGAUCGACAUGACGGUCGACCCGGAUUUCUGCACGCCAUUUCUCAUGAACAGCAUUCUAGCAGUCGCAGCAACAUAUUCCGAUUACCCAAAAAUCUAUGCUAUCCGAGGCAUCGAUUCAUCACGUGGCCAGGAUUUUUUUGAGGAAGCAGAAAGGCUAUGGAAGGCAGAGCGGGGCCGGCCUACAUUAGCCAAUAUCCAGGCAGUGACCUUGAUGAGCCGUUUUCUGCAAUUUCAGGGCCAACGACAAGCCAGCUGGCUGAUGCUAAAACAAGCUUUACAACUCGCCAAAGAUAUCGGACUGUUCCAUUCCCCGAGAAGGCAUUGGGGAUCACACAUGCCGGUCAGGACCCGACAUGUCUAUGCAGUUGCCGCCUGGGGCCUGUACAUAAUGAACUCGGAAAUGUCAUUCGAGCGCGGCAGGGCCCCAGAUCUUGAGCCUCCGUGGAGUAACCCUGACACGGCGUGUGAUUACGACGAAGGAAUCGUGUGGUGUGCAUACCCGCGUUUUGAGAAGGAUGAUUUUCAGGAACUGCCAGCCCAACUCAAUGCAACUUUCAACCAGACGGUCCUUCUAGCAAAAAUCGCUGUGAGGAUUCAGGAAUUUUUGUUCAAGGAGUCAUGGGACAUGACGAAAUCUGAAAUGGAAGCAACGGCUGAUGACUUGAUGAAUCAAUUGCGACUCGUGAUAGAAGGCCUACCAGCCUCGGAGGUUGAGCAACGAGAGCUUCCACACGUCCUACUUGUGCAUAUCAAAUAUCAUCACACAGUAUUGCUGUUCUUCGAAUAUCUCUGGGAUCACCAGCGUAUGGAAGCAACCCCCGAGCAGAUCCGUUCAUACCGGCUCGAGCCAGCAAAAAAGAUUGUCGAGUAUCUCGGUGUAUUUGAAGAUAGAUUCGGACUGCGUCGAGUACCAAGACAAAUGUUAGAGCCUGCCAAUCGCAGUCUUCUUGCUCUGCUGGUUUUCAUUGAGGAGGAGGAGUCGUGGGAGCCAAUGAUUGACCUAUGCCGGUUCAUGGCGGCGUGCAGCACAAGGUUCGUUCUGGCGGAGCAGAUGUGUCUCCAAUUCGAACUAAUAAUCAAAGCCUCUAAUGUCGUUUUACCACAAGAAGCGUACGAGGUGCUAAAAGGCAGAGGUGUCAAUGCGUCCGACUGGCUGUAA